AUGAAUUAAAAUGAGAAUAAUUCUGAAUCAAUUCAUGCUAAAUUGAUUUCUAGAUUAAAAUCUAAAUAAUUAACUAUCCUGCCCCCUGUUCUCAUUCCUAAACAAAAGAUUAGCAAUUUUGAUGAACACAGAUGGAUCGAUAAGAUUGUUCAUACAAAUGCCAAUGAUUCAACUCCUUAGCAUGAAACCACUCAACCUGAUAACAAAUAUAAACAUAGGAGAGCCAGUUCGCUUUAUAGUUUGCACAGCUUGCCUAAAUCUUAGAGUGAAUUAUAAUUGAAGAUCAAGACUGACAAACGACCAUCACCUAAACGACCCAAUCAAUAUAAUAAGUGGUUUAUCCCUCCAAACAAGAGAUUUACUGAUUUGCAAGCAGAAACUCAGGAGUAUAUUCAAGAAUAAUAUAUCUAAGAAUAAUAUCGAUAAAAACAAUCAUAAUACAAUAAUAUGAUCAGAUAAUCAAAACAUUUGACACAAUUUAUAAGAGAUGUAUUAUUACAUUAUAUCUAACUUAGUUCUAAAAAUAACAUAAAAGAAGCCCUACUUUCAUACACCAAGCUUGA